CACGAGCCACUGGGAACGGGUUGCCCGGGAAACGGCCGCAUGGCAACAGGAUCAGAGCCUGGGGGUUGUCUGCUUCUAGGUCUGCUCCCAUUUUACAUCGCAUUUCCUCACUAGAUGGUGUGCGCGCCACUGGAGAGCACACUUCCCCGCACAGAGGGCUCCGCGUUCAGCAAAACAAACCCGGGAAACUCAGCGGCGGACCGUUUCUUCACGGAGCUCCGAAGGAGGAAAAGUGUGGAAAUAAAGCGUCGUUCGCGUUAGGCUUUUUUUUUUAAAGCUAACUCUUUCGUCUUUUUCUAAAUUUUUAUUUUUAAUCCCCCCAAAAAAGGAAGACUUGGGGAAAAGCGCCACCGGGAAACACAUCAGCGAUGGACAUAAUGAUUGCGGUGCAGGAUGCUUGUGUCUCUGGUCAGUGGCUUACUGCCAUCAUUCUCAGCCUGUGCUGCGUUCUGCCGUCAUGUUUGCCCGCUGGACAAACUGUGGACUAUUCCCCGGUUGAAAGUGUGGUCAGCAGACAGGGCGACACGGCGCUUCUGAGGUGCUACCUGUUGGAUGGGAUCUCUAAAGGAGCCUGGCUGAACCGCUCCGGCAUCAUAUUCGCAGGGAACGACAAGUGGUCUGUGGACCCACGUGUCUCCAUUGUGUCCAGCGUUGGGGAUAAACACGAGUACAGCCUUCAGAUUCAGAAAGUGGACGUAUCUGACGACGGCCAGUACACGUGCUCCAUUCAGAGUGAGCGCAACCCUCAGCCAAAGAUCCUCAACCUGAUCGUAAAAGUUCCUCCCAAGAUAUAUGACAUUUCCUCCGACAUCACGGUAAACGAGGGCAACAACGUGUCGCUCAUCUGUACGGCCAGUGGGAAACCCGAGCCGAGCAUUUCCUGGAGACACAUAACCCCAUUAGCCCGGAAGUACGACAGUGGCGAAUAUCUUAACGUUACCGGCAUCACAAGGGACCAGGCCGGAGACUACGAAUGCAGCGCUUUAAAUGACAUCGCCUCUCCUGACACCAAAACAGUAAAAGUCACAGUCAACUUUGCCCCAGCUAUCCAUGAGAUGAAAAGCCAUGGAGUCGGCCUGGGACGCACGGCUCUGCUGAGGUGCGAGGCGGCUGCUGUGCCUUCUCCAACGUUCGAGUGGUACAAGGGUGAAAAGAGGAUUAUCAAGGGCCAAGGCAUCGACAUCAAAAGUCUCAGCUCCAGAUCAGUGCUCACAGUGAACAACAUGACAGAGGAUCGUUACGGGAACUACACGUGUGUCGCCACCAACAAGCUAGGGACGGUUAAUGCCAGUGUGCCUCUCAUCCCAAUUAUUGAACCCACCACCACUAGUGCUGUCUCAAGCCCAGCACCCAACACUGCACCCUAUGGGAGCACAGGAAGAGCGCACGUCCCGCUGGCCUGCCGGUACCUGAUCCUGGCCCUCUCCGCCUUCAUCAGCGUGUACUAGCAGAGGGUCCGGACACAAUGACUGUCGAGAGCAUUUAGGAAUCCUUUUGGACAUUGCUGAGGGCUGGAAUCCAAUCCGGUACAGUUUGUUGAGACGCCGUGACGGGGGGGGGAAAUAAUCAGUGUUACUUGGUGUGGGGGACUUUUCUUCCUUUGAUUUUUUGUUGCUCUUUAAAUUUAUGUUAUGUAAAUACUAUGAUGUUUUUUUAUUGUUAUUAUAAUUAUUAUUAUUUCCUCUCUUCUUUUCUGAUUGAUGGACCACCUUGUGAAUCAGUGCUCCCCUUCUCCCCUCACUUCCCUCUCAAACCCACCUUCAAUCAUAUCACCCCCCCCCCCCCCCCCCAACUUCCCAAAUGAAUUACUUUCAUGCCUUUCUCUCUUUGUGAGGCGAUGGCACAAAAUUGACAUUUCCAUCCAUUUUUGUACAUGGCUAAAAAGAAGCAAUUGUGCCAAGCCUCUCAGUACACAGAAUUAACAUACCAAUGUUGUGUUGAAUGUAUUAUGGGUUGUUGAACAAAGGAAAUACAUUUAGAUUCCUAACAAUACAAAUUCAGUUUAUGGAGUGUGCUUAAAAAAUAGAGGAAAAAAAAUGGAGAAAAAAAAAAUCAAAAGAAUUAUAAUGGAAGAGUGUUUUCAGGAACUGUAUUGUCAUGAUUACUCAAUAGAUGGAUGAACAGUGUUGAAGGUGUGCUUUGUUGUAUUCUGAAAUGGAUCCUUCAGUUACUAUGCCUGCCUAACAGAUUGGAUCUGGCAGCCGUCAAAGUAGCAAAGUAUACUGUAUUGUAUCUUUAUAUUUUAAUAUAGUGUAGGCUUUUGUUUUAAAGUGGGACCAGCUUUUCUCAUUUGACCAAGAACAUUAACACAGUUCAUGACUUUGUAUAAAACGAAGGGAGGAACAUCGCUGCCCUAUGUUUACAUUUUUCUCCAAAAUAUGAAUACUACAGUAUAUAAAUAUAUAUAUAUAUACGCCACACCGUUUUCUUCCGGAGAGUCCACGUUCGUGAAUGUCACAACACUCUGUUAUAGUUGAGAAGAAAAAGUGGAGCCCCAAGUUCAAUUGUUGCGAGCUUUCUUGCAACAAUUGACGGUGGGCGUCUGAGCAGAGCACUUCGCCUCCUGAUCGUCAGCUGGCUGAAACCCCUCAGCGGCGCCCUGCUGGACGCUUAAAGCUUCAACUUUUUUGGCUCAAUACUUAAAUAACAGACUCUGGGAAAGCAGCGCGGUACUAUAUUCCUCUGCCUCCUCUUUGGACGAAUGAUUCAAUACAUUACAGUCUUUUACCGUACAUAUAUUCACGUCAUUGCAAGUUAAGGGAAACCAGAGAGCCAGACGUUCUUUGACAUAAACUGAAAAAUAAGGGAAAAAUGCUUUGCGUCUAACUUGAGUCCUACUCAUUUCAAUUACAAACCACAGAAUACAAAUGAAGCUUAUGAACAUGCUCAUCUCUACGCCUACGGUGCUAACAGCUCCCCCAAGAUGAAAGUCCUUUUAUAUUCAGACAGCUGAUCGGUAUCCACAAACUCUGCGAAUGUCCAGCAGAGAAUAAAUUAAACCAUGAGGUUGUGUAACAUGAGAAAAUACGGCUUUUUCGUUCACUGAAAUCAACCAUGUGAAGGCUAAAUGUUAUCGUAAAGGUUUGCUUUAUGACACGGCAUAUUCAUCCUCAAGUAUCUUCAAUCCAUGGUGUCGACAGAUACUGUACUGCAAUGCCUUAAUAGCACCAUAGACAUCAAAUGAACCUCAUUUUAGAAGGACACCUCCUGAAGCUCUCAAUAAGAUACCGUACUCCUUAUUGAAUGUUUGAGAACCAGUUUCUAAUUAGGCAUCAUACUCACGAAACUAAACUAAAUUAUCAACUCACAGCUCCUGCAGGUAUUUUCGAAUAAGCCAGUUGCAUCUGAUAAAAUGCAGUAUUUGUCGUACAGGUUGACAUGUUUGCAGCGUCUAGUUUGGACUUGGAUUGUGUUAUAUUUUCCCCCGCGCGAUCGAGGGAAUAACAGUUCACGCAGUAUUUUCACACAAAACUUGUAACUGCAAACCCAUAGAGAAAUAGCCAUCGCAGUUAAAAGACUUAAAGCACAAACACUGUUAUUACUUUUACGUUUUGUGGUGAUUUGUUUUAAUGUCUGCUAAACAUUUCUUAUUUUGAAAUUGUUAUCAGCUUGUUUUACAAAUUCUGAAAAUACUGCACCAUAUGAUCUUGUUUAAAUGUUACGGUAUAAUGAAAAUGGGUCAGAAGUAUAUUUAUUCUCUUCCUUUAUGAAAACAAUGUAUAAAAAAUUACAUUUGAAACGUGUAAAACUGGAUAUGUGACAUUAUUUGAAUGAGGUACAGUAUGGCAUAGUUUAUAAUGUUGUCGGGUUCAUUUAGAUGCCAUCACUGUUGUUGAUUUUUUGUCAGACGAGUACAUUAAAAAGAACAAUGUUUGCAAUCAAAUUACCUACUUUUUGAAACAGAGAGUAACAGUAUUAUAGAACAGAAUCAAUGUGUGUAUAUUUGGAGAACAUAGGAUACCUUUUGAUCUUUAGAGCCAGUGUGUAGUCAUAGUUUUCACACACUUGCGUAUUUGACGAUGUGCAGAAAGUAUGGUUGUGCUGCAUGUCGAAGUUAACCUGUGGUUUUAAGGUGGCCAUUUUACAUAUAUUCAUACUUUUUAUGAAUGGAAGCAGUUUUUUUUCCAAAACAUUUGGUUCUCAAACCUGGUCUAAAAACGCAUACCUGUUAGAGACGAGCCGGCUGUGUUUGUUUGUGAUUUAUUUGAAUCAACUUCUGUUGAAAAAUCAACCGCUUUUCAGAGUCAUAUUGAUUAUUGUGGCACAUGGUGGAGUUUGUUGGUUGCUUUUCUUAAGCAGUCAAGAACAUGCUAGUAUUCAUACUUAUGAAAUGUACUGGAUGUUGAUUAUUUUUGAAUAAUGUUAUUAACAAGACCCUUUUAUUGAAUCAUUAUUAUUUGCAAUAAAAGUCUUCAUGUUACAAUAUAAA